AGGAACACAUGAUAUACAAGACAUAUGGGUGAGAAUCUGUUGUAAAUGGCACAAAAGAGAGUCAAAUGUGUAGAUACGUGAGACUUUGGUGAUUUAUCGCCAUCGCAGUGGCAACUUUAUAACUAUUUUUUUGGCUCAAAUUCGGCCCCCGCUCACGCACAGAUUUUAUUCAAGAUCAUUUAGUUGUAGUACAGUGACGACCGUUGGUGGGUAUAAAAAGUAUUUUCACUGGCCAUAUCUAGUCAUUGCUCACUCAGCAUUCAAGCCCCCGAAACCAGCCGCAAAGAUGAAGCUCAAAGCUGUCAAAAUCCCUUUGCUUUUCGCCUUUUUGGGUUUUUCCUAUAUUCAGGCCGUCGUGGUUGGUCCCCAACAAUUGCACAAUAACAACAAGAAUGGCUAUCGCUAUAACGGCCCCGCCCACAAAUAUCUGCCAUCGGAGGAGCCGCUCCGGCAGGGAGGCCAUUUGUAUACGGAUUUGGGUCAAGAUCAUCGACAGCAAUCCUUCAAUGGCCCCUACAGCUCGCAGUAUUACGAGGGACAGCAGCAACAUCGCCCGGGACAGCAGCAACAUCACCAUCAGCAAAAUAAUGGUGAACCCUGGCAAUCGGUUUUGCCCCAGCAGCAACAUCAAAACUUGGGCAACAACCAGCAACCUCAUCAGAACUCUGGACAUCAGACAUUUAAUGCGGGAUCCGUCUUUCAGCAACAUCACGGAUUGGAGCACGAGCAACAGAGCCUUUCCAAUAAGCAGCAGUAUCAUCAGGACCAUCAGCUCAAAGAACACUUGUACGAGCCAUCUAAUUUCCAGCAGCAGCAAGCUCCGAGUCAUCAGCAGCAGAGAAAGGAGUCGUGGAACUCAGUUCAAGGGCAGCAGCAUCCCGAGCAACAUGAUCGAUUAGAAGGUGAAUCCUGGCAAUCCUCGCAGGGUCAUGCCUUCCAGCAAGGGCCACACGAACACCUUAAUCCACAACAACAACACCAGCAGCAUCGCUUUGAGCAACAGCAGCCUCUGCGUGGUGACCUUUGGCAACCCAUCCGAGAACUUGGCCUCGAGAAACUGCCUUCGGCUGAGGCGCAUGCCAAUAGCCACACGUCGAUCGCUGCUCCCGGACGAGAUGUGAAGCUGGUGCCGAGUUAUACGCUUUCCAGCGAUUUGGAGCACGAUCGGUUCAUUGGAUUGGAUGCUCUAGACACUCGUCUGCUAACCCAAUCUCUGCCAGAUGCGUACCGAAAGCAGCUUUUCUCUUCGCCCUCGGUACCACCUUCGUCUUUGGGGCAGCGAAAGCAGCAUGAGCAACAGUUGGCUGAUUCCCCAUUUGUAGAUGGAUCGCACGGCGUUUCCCAUGGUGGCUCGCUCGGAGGUUCUUUUGGUGUAUCCUCCUCCUCCAACUUUCUGCAGAUGCAGUCACACUCGUAUCAGCUGCCUUCUACUCACAGCACACAUAGGGAAUGGCCUCAAAACGAAGAAAAGCAGCAAGGAUCUCAGCAGCAACAAGUCAUCGGCAAUCGUCAGUGGUCGGCUAGUGCCCAUGACGUGUCCCCACCUUAUCUGCACUCAUCUCAGCCCUCGCCAUCAUCCGAAAAUAGCUUGACUUAUCCCAGCCGGGACUUCCAGCCACCUUACUACUGAAAGCCUCAAUUUUAAUUCCAUUUCUUAUUUUUUCUCCUGCACGUUAAAAUCCCUAUUCCAUACCAUUCAUAUACCAGCUUCAACACUUGCUUUUUUUCUAGAAAAGCAUUUGGUCUGAAAAGCAACAAUAUUUAAGUAAGAUU